CUCUUGUUUUCCAUUCACACCUUACCCCAGUCAGUCUUUCGUGAAGAAUCAGAUCAUGCGAUCCAAUGUGUUUUUCUUGACCAUUGGCCUUAUUGCCGACUCUGCGCUUGCAGGUCCUUGCAAGCCCAGAACUUCUGGUGCCGUAACAACUUCUGUCGUCGCUACAUCAGAACCAACGUCAACUGCACUGAGCACUGCUACUGAAGUCUUGCCUGAUACCACAACCCUGGAGCUUAGCACAACUGCUGCCACUGCCGACACUACCACUGUGGCUUCUGAAGCUGAGACAACAACUACAGACAUCACCACCACUGCUGCUGCUGACACUACCACCAUCGCAUCGGAAGCCGAGACAACAACCACCGCAGACAUCACCACCACGACCGCGCCUGAGAGCACCAGCACUGCUCCCGAAUCCACCCCAACCUACCACAUCGUCGGGGGCAGUGGCUCCGUCAAUAACGCUCCCAUCCAAGGCAUCAGUCAAGACGGCACCUUGGUCCUGAUUAACCCCACCGUCGACGGUCUCGCAGUCAGAUCAUACACGCUCGACACUGCCACCGGCCGACUCCAAGACACCGCCAGCGGCAAUUAUCUCUGCGCAUACUACCUAAAUUCUCCCUCCACAUCUUCUCCCGCGUUCGUUGCGAACUGUCAGACAGGAACCACCGGUCCCAAUAACUACUACGACUAUCUUAAUUGCCAGAUCGUCAGCGGCACUGUUUCAUGUACAGCCCCCAAGGCUUAUUGCACCACUGAUGACGACACUGGUUUGGAUAACUGUGUUACCGUUUCGGGCGAAGGCGUGAACAAUCAAUUUUACUACCAGCACAGAUCCUCAGGUGGAGAUUAUCUCUUUAUUUCCACUGGAAGUCCCAGCGGAUAUACUCCCACCAGCCUUAUGGUUCAACAAGUAUAGAGUGAAUAACUGUGUUAGUUGUCUUGAGUUUAGGUCGCAUAGAAAAGCACAGGUUCUAAUGAUAUAUUUAAUCCUAAUACC